UCAUUGAAAUGUGGAGAGAUUCUCAAUUCCAGAUUCACGAAUCACGGAUAUCAUCACCUCCUCCCAACCAACAACACCCUGUCUUUUUACUGGUUUCAAGUUUUAUGCACAGUUAAUUGCUGCCUAAUACGACAAAAUACUGUUUUUAGACACUUCAGAGAUCCCCAUCGUUGAUCUUCUUAUCAACGGUUCUAAAUGACUCACUGUGGGCCAUCCUCGUACGCAAUAUAUAUAUAUGUGAAAGGUAAACCUCCCUCUGUACACUCUGCUGUUGACGCUUCUUCUUCCAUCAGAACAAGUCAAGAUAUGGCUGGUGCUCCGCCUCCAAACCCAGUCCCGGUGGCAUACCAAGGCGGCUCCGCCUCGGUCCCGGACUGGUUAAACAAAGGAGACAACGCAUGGCAAAUGAUCGCCGCCACGCUCGUGGGCCUCCAAAGCGUUCCGGGCCUGGUAAUCCUGUACGGAAGCAUAGUCAAGAAGAAAUGGGCCGUGAACUCUGCAUUCAUGGCUCUAUACGCUUUCGCUGCCGUCGUCAUAUGCUGGGUCACGUGGGCCUACAGGAUGUCGUUUGGGGACAAGCUCCUGCCUUUUUGGGGGAAAGCGGGGCCGGCUCUUGGACAGAAGUUUUUGAUCAAACAGGCCGCGCUUCCUGCUUCGACGCAUUAUUAUAAAAACGGGGCGGUUGAAACGGCAGAGAUCUUACCGUUUUAUCCGAUGGCUUCCAUGGUGUGGUUUCAGUGUGUGUUUGCGGCGAUUACUUUGAUAAUUUUAGCCGGAUCAGUGCUUGGGAGGAUGAAUAUAAAGGCUUGGAUGGCUUUUGUGCCACUUUGGUUAACUUUUUCUUACACUGUUGGGGCCUUUAGUUUGUGGGGUGGUGGGUUCUUGUUUCAUUGGGGUGUCAUGGACUAUUCUGGUGGCUAUGUCAUUCAUCUCUCUUCAGGGAUUGCUGGCCUCACUACUGCUUAUUGGGUGGGUCCAAGAUCAACUAAGGACAGAGAAAGAUUUCCACCAAACAAUGUAUUACUGAUGUUGGCAGGGGCAGGAUUGUUGUGGAUGGGAUGGGCUGGAUUCAACGGUGGAGAUCCAUACACUGCCAACAUUGACUCUUCAAUGGCUGUCCUUAAUACUAAUAUCUGCGCAGCAACAAGUCUUCUUGUUUGGACUUGGCUUGAUGUCAUUUUCUUCCAUAAACCCUCUGUUAUUGGAGCUGUUCAGGGCAUGAUAACUGGCCUUGUUUGCAUCACUCCUGGUGCAGGUCUUGUUCAAGGGUGGGCUGCUAUACUGAUGGGGAUUUUGUCAGGCAGUGUACCAUGGUUCACCAUGAUGGUUGUACACAAAAGAUGGAUACUUAUGCAGAAAAUUGAUGACACGCUCGGAGUUUUCCAUACCCAUGCUGUGGCCGGCCUUCUUGGAGGAUUCUUAACCGGUCUGUUCGCGGAGCCAGAGCUAUGCGCGCUGUUCUUGCCAGUCACAAACUCAAGAGGAGGUUUCUACGGGGGCUCCGGAGGCAUACAAGUCUUGAAACAAUUAGCCGGUGCCGCAUUCAUCAUUGGAUGGAAUGUUGUUGUGACUUCCAUAAUCUGUGUUGUGAUAAACUUUGUGAUUCCAUUGAGAAUGUCUGAGGAGCAUUUGUUGAUUGGAGAUGAUGCUGUUCAUGGAGAAGAGGCGUAUGCUUUGUGGGGUGAUGGAGAGAAGUAUGAUGAAACAAAGCAUGGCUUGCACUCGGAUGAUUUCACUACACAUCCACAACCUUCAACUGGGGCUACACAGGUGGUCUGAAUUCAGGGGGACUGAACUGGGUUGUUCAUAUUUGUAAGAAAGUUUAAUUUCUUGUUCUUGUUGCACCAGUUGUUAAAUGAUCAUUGUUGUUGAAGAAAUUUGGUUUGAACCAUCAAUACCUCUGUCUCUAUGCUUACAAAUUACUUGUAUGUUCAUUUUUUUGGUGACUGAGAAGGUGGUCCAACGGUUACUUUGUGA